UCUUAUAUCCGUGAAAUGGCUACACUAAGUCCAAUACCAUCACAAAAAUCGAAAAACGGCAAAAAAUUCUGUUGGUAAACAUAUGCGCAAAAAACGUUGGCAAUUAAUGCACCAGCAUGUUAUCAGUCGACUUGAGUGAAACACAUAUUCCUAAAGCGACCGAGGCAUUUUGAAUGGAUUUCUCCGAUUUACCUGUACUGAGAUACGAGAGAUAAGCGCACCUGCAGCUGCCGUUGAGUCAUCAGCCAAAUAAGCCAAAAACAAGAGCAACAGAGCAGCCUUGGCGCCGUACGUUAGCACCACCACCCGCCUCCAGGAAGAGAGCAGGUGUUGUAGUAGUAGCCCCAGGUGAGAGGCAAGGCGUAGUCUCCAGUCGGAUGGCGUAAGCCGAUCCAACAGCCACCCCACCGACAAAACUCAUAACUAUCUAACGUUACGCGUCGCUGACUAAGGUGUGUCUAAACUCCGAAUUGGGACCAACUAUCGUCUACGUUUGCAGCUCGAGCUCGAAAGCGCAAGCACAGACAGGGAGGGUUAGAAAUGGAAGACUACAAGUUCCUCUUUAAAAUCGUCCUAGUGGGAAAUGCUGGCGUGGGGAAGACCUGCCUGGUGCGACGGUUCACUCAGGGACUGUUCCCUCCGGGCCAGGGAGCCACCAUUGGUGUGGACUUUAUGAUCAAGACUGUGGAAGUUGAGGGCGAGAAGAUAAAGCUGCAGAUCUGGGACACAGCCGGACAGGAGCGGUUUCGGUCCAUCACACAAAGCUACUACCGAUCGGCUCACGCUCUGAUCCUGGUUUACGACAUCAGCUGCCAGCCCACAUUCGACUGCCUGCCCGACUGGCUGCGCGAGAUCCAGGAGUACGCCAAUUCCAAGGUACUCAAAAUCCUCGUGGGCAACAAAACGGAUCGGGAUGAUCGUGAAAUUCCUACACAGAUCGGUGAGGAGUUUGCCAAGCAGCAUGACAUGUAUUUUCUAGAGACAUCCGCCAAGGAGGCAGAGAACGUGGAGCGACUGUUUUACGAGAUCGCCGCUGAACUGAUUGGCCAGGCGCGGAGUAAGGACGGCAGCAGUGCUGCUGCAGCGGCGGCGGCCCAUCGACAGUCGGAAGGCAGUUCCAUAGGCCUUGGGAGUUUCAGUGCCAAAGCAGCCCAAAGCAAUUGUUGUGGCGGAGGUGGAGCUGCAGGCGGUGGCUCGAGCUCUAGUCAAGCAGGCUAAAGAUGAGGCCAAAACUAAGAACCCUUAGAGUAUACAUAGUUUAGACUUAAUCGUGAUAUUCCAUUGAUCUUUUAAGACCCACUCUUCAAUCUCGCCUCUAUUCUAGAUACCUUAUCCAUGUUGCUAAAUAUUAUAUAUUAUUUUUAAUCAGAGAUUAACUUACAGAACUGGACAAUUUAAUUUUUGAAUUCCGAUUCCGAAUAUCACGAUUAAAUCCACUCCAAAACUAAAUGUCAAUGACUAUGGAUGCUAAAUAUUUGUGUUAAAAAAAAAGAAAACAAAAAACUCCAUUGGAUGUGUAGACUUAAAGCGCCUGAUUUUUAUGAUUAGUAUUAUUAAAAAAAGAUAUUGAUUCCAAUUGUGGAUCAGAUACCAAGUGAGCAUCACACGCAGUGCUUCAAUGAAUUUAUGAUAUCAGCAAUGCUAUGCACAGAUUUCUGUUUUAUUCAAAUUGUUUCCUAAGUAGUAUUGUAUAUUUUAUAAAUUGUAUUUUUUUUUUGAUACAUAACAUAUACAUUUUUUGCAAUAUACAUAUUUAUUUAGUUAUUUUUUUAAAUGUUAUGAUUAAUGUGCAAUUUUAAAUGGUACUCAGAAUAGCAAUUAAGGUGAUUUUAUGACAUUCCAAAAAUUAAAUAUGUAGUUGAAAUUAUGAGAUAGGUCAUGAUGAUAAAUGGAAGAAAAGAAAUAAAAAAUAACUUCUA